AUGGAGCCUAAGCAGAAUUACGCCCAGCAGCAGCAGCAGCAGCAGCAGCAGCAGCAGCAACAGCAACAGCAACAGCAAUCUGUGCCAACGCCUCCUCACCACCAGCAGCAGAAUGCGAAUCUCAACCCCCGCAGCCGAGACUGGCAGUUUGGCCUAUUCGACUGCUUCGCCGACAUGGAGGCCUGUCUAGUAGCCUGCUUUCUGCCAUGCAUGCGCGGGAGGGAGCCAGUCCACGGAAAGACGAUGGACCGUAUGCGUGACCCGUCGCUGCAGUCUCACGAGCCUCUGAACAAUGAGUGCCUGAUCUGGGGUGGCAUCCAGUGCUUUACCGGCUGCGGCUGUCUCUACAACAUGGUCAAGCGUACCGAGAUACGCGAGAAAUACGGCAUCGACGGCUCCGCUGGCUCCGACUGCUGCACGUCUUAUUGCUGCCUGUGCUGCGCGCUCAUCCAGCAGGAUCGCGAAGUCGCCCUGCGCGCCGGCCACUACGCGCCCGUCACCCAGGGAUACCAGGGCCAAACUCAGGCCAUGCAGAUGCCUGCUCCUGCUCAUCCUGCCGCUCACUCGGGCCCUCCACCUCAGCAGCAGUCGCCUCCUGUUCAACAGGCGUAUCAAUCUCCUCCGCCGCAAGGGUACCAGCAGCAUCAGCAGCAGCCCAUGCAGAGCGGUAUCCAGAACGCUCACGAGCAGGGCAUGCCUACUCAUCCCCAUGAAGGGCAAUACGCGCAGAAGCAGUAA